UUCUCCAUGACUAUCAUCAUCGCUUCUCCAAAUUGAAGACACCCUCCAAGUCGACAGAUGGAUAGAGAAGAGAGGCGGAUGGGGUACAAAAGAAAAUUCCAGUACGAGGAUCCGGGGAUUCAUAAUAGCAGGAACCAACAGUCGUACGAUCGUUACGCGCUUCCUGAAGGUUGGGUUGGAUGUCCUGCUUUCGGCGACGAAAUUAGUGGUAUAAUUCCUUCUAAAGUACCUCUGGGUGAGUCUUUUAGUGACCACAUUCACGGUGAAACCUACACUCCAAAGCAAGUCAUUCAGCAACAAAGACAUCUUGGAAGAGAACUUGGUUUAGUGAUUGAUCUAACAAACACUACGCGGUACUAUCCCUUAUCCGAUUGGGGAAGGGAAGGCAUUCGUCAUGUUAAGAUAAAAUGCCAAGGAAGGGAUUCAGUACCUGAUAGUGAUUCUGUAAAUAAAUUUAUCGAUGAGGUAUCAAAAUUUUUCUCCCAUAGAACAGAUCCAAUGAAGUAUAUACUUGUCCACUGUACACAUGGGCAUAACCGCACAGGUUUCAUGAUAGUUCAUUAUCUUAUACAUACCAAAUCAAUUACAGUCACUGAGGCAAUAAGUGAAUUUGCCCGGGUUCGUCAUCCUGGAAUAUAUAAACAGGACUAUAUUGAUGCGCUAUACAUGGCUUAUCAUGAAAGGAAGCCGGAAUCAAUUGUUUGCCCCCAAACUCCAGAGUGGAAAAGAAGUUCCGAUCAGGACAAUGAGAAUCAUGUGAAAAAUGGAGCAAUGACGAUUGAUGAUGUUUUGGGAGAUACAAUACCUUUUGACCAGCAAAAGAUGUUGCAGGAAGCCUGUUAUCAUGCACUCGACUUGGUUAUAACGGGUAGAGGGAAGUUGCCGUUUCCAGGGUCACAUCCUGUUUCUCUCAACAGAGAGAACCAACAAUUACUAAGGCAGCGCUAUUACUACGCCACCUGGAAAGCUGAUGGAACUCGCUAUAUGAUGCUAAUUACAUGGGAUGCGUGUUACUUAAUUGAUAGAAGGUUUCAUUUUCGAAGGGUCCAGAUGCGCUUUCCUUGCAGAUUUUCAAAUAAGGUCAUACCUGAGAAGACUCAUGAUUUUACAUUACUCGAUGGGGAGAUGAUAAUUGACACAGACCCGAAUACCCAAAAGCAAGAGAGAAGAUACCUCAUUUAUGACGUCAUGGCAAUUAACCAAGCCUCAGUUGUAAAGCUGCCAUUCCAUGAACGGUUUAAGAUGCUCGAAAAAGAAGUGAUCGAGCCUCGAAAUAUGGAACGUGAUACCCUUUCCAGAAGUGCAGAACCGUAUUACAGAUAUGACUUGGAACCGUUCAGUGUGAGGAGGAAGGGUUUUUGGAUACUAUCUACUGUUACCAAGCUUUUGAGGAAAUUUAUUCCUGGGCUUUCACAUGCAUCAGACGGUCUGAUAUUCCAGGGUUGGGAUGAUCCUUAUGUACCCAGAACGCAUGAAGGUCUUUUGAAGUGGAAAUUUCCUGAAAUGAAUUCAGUUGAUUUCCUGUUUGAGUUGGCAGUUGAUGGUCGUCCACUGCUUUUUCUGAAUGAGCGUGGAAAGAAGAAGCUGAUGUCUGGCUUUAGGGUUGUUUUUAAAGAUGAAUUGGACCCUGCUUUUUGUUCAGGGAAAAUCAUAGAGUGCUCCUGGGACGCAGAGGGACACAUGUGGGUCUGUAUGCGGAUUAGGCUAGACAAAUCAACCCCAAAUGAGUUCAUGACGUAUACAAAGGUGAUGAAAAGCAUCAAGGAUAAUAUAACGGAGGAAGUUGUGUUGAGAGAGAUUGAUGAGAUUGUCCGCCUACCUAUGUAUGCUGAUCGAAUAAAGACUGAUAUUAAGGCACACGAGCAGACUUCUUCCGCGCGGCGUAGGUGAAUAGCCAAAAAAUACAUAGUCACUAGGCACUAGCAACACGACAUAGAAUUCAUCACAGUACACAAAUAUGAGCUUAAUCUCAUCACCUGCGCAUGUAUUUUAUUAUUCUUUGUCAAAUUAGCUGAGAGUGUAAUAUCAUCAUAAGCAAAAAUUUUGUUUCUUCAGUUUCUUUGUUCUGGAUCUCUAUUGUACACUAGCAAUGAGUUGAUCAUUUAA